AUGGAGGUGUACGACUCGAUCGUGGUGGGGGCUGGAAUAGAAGGCUCGUCCACAGCUUAUCACUUGGUCAAGAAUGGACAUCACACCUUGUUACUUCAACAAUUUCCCCUUCCACAUUCUCGUGGAAGUUCCCAUGGACAAAGCCGAAUCACCCGGAUGGCCUAUGGCAGUGACGAUUACUACACGGAGAUGAUGAAGGAGGCGUACAAAUUAUGGGAGGUACUAGAAAAUGAAUCUGGAACUACUUUAUAUAAAAAAACAGGCCUCCUUGUGGUCGGGAAAGUUGGAGACGAUCAAAUUGAUGGAACGGUAAGGGCACUCCGUAAGUACUCACUGCCAUUCACCUCACUUGACGGACAAGUCUUGCGACAGAAGUAUCCAAUGCUGAACUACCCUGAAGACAUAGCGGGUGUUGAGGACCAUAGCGGAGGAGUGUUGUUUGCUGACAAAGCCUUGGCGGCUUUUCAGGGCCAGUUUGUUAAGCAAGGAGGUAUUUUGCGUGAUAACGAGGCCAUGGUGGACGUAUCUCCGGGGGAUAUUGUAACAGUAAAAACCAAUAAGGGUAGCUAUAGAGGCCGGAACCUAGUCCUGACAGUAGGACCCUGGGCCACCAAAGUACUUCCUUCUCUUGGCAUCCAUAUACCACUCAAGGUUUUGCGUAUCAGUGUCUUUUACUGGAAAGAGAAAAUUCCAGGAACAUACGGAGCCGAAACGUUUCCAAUAUUUCUGGAAGACAAUGCGAUUAGGAAUUUUGACGUGUAUGGCUUGCCGAGCUUGGAAUACCCGGGAUUGUAUAAGCAGUGUUUGCACUCCGGUCCCGAGAUUGACCCUGACAGGAGGGACGAUACUGACAGCAGUUGGGUGCUGGAUGCCAUUAAACAAUUUGCGGCCGAACACUUUCCACUUCUUGAGGCUCAUCCCGCUAUCACAGAAACUUGCAUUUACACAAAUACACCGGACCAUGAUUUCGUAUUGGACAGACACCCUGCUUGUAGAAACAUUAUCAUAGGAGCAGGCUUCUCUGGUCACGGAUUCAAACUGUCACCUGUUGUGGGUAAAGUCCUAUCUGAACUGGCCAUGCAGAAGAUAUCCUCCUACAACCUGUCUUAUUUCAAGAUCGAUCGAUUUCCCAAAUAA